AAGAAAAGGAAAAGAGGGGUUAAAACCGGGCCAAAUGGCUAAUUCAACGCUUAAGGGUAAGUUUUGUAUGGGAACUUGGAAUGCAAGAAGUGUCAGGGGAAAACUAAGCGAGAUCAAAGAGAACAUAAAAAACUUCGAUAUCCUAGAGAUAACAGAAACAUGGCUGAAAAAGAAAGAUAGAUUUGUGAUUCCGGGAUAUAACAUAAUUAGGGGAGAUCUGAAAGAGGACAGGCAGGGUGGGGGUUUGGCGUUUGUAGUGGAAGAAAGUAUAAAGUUUGUGAUAAGAAAGGAUGUAACGUGGAGAGGUACGGGAAGGGAAAUUUUAGGGAUCUCGGUAGAAACUAAAAAGGGUAUAUGGGAUAUUCUACUGGUCUAUAGAAGGCCAGGAGAGAAGUGGGAAAGAAAAGAUUGGGUCAAACUAUUUAAAAAUAAAAGACCCAAUGUCGAAACAAUUGUAAUGGGUGAUUUUAAAGCUAGAAGUAAAACAUGGAAUUGUCAUGUUGAUAGCAAAGAAGGUACUUUAUUGGAAAAGGUUAUUAGAGACUACGAUAUGUUUGUUAUCAAUACAAGUACUAGCUCAAGAUUGGGAACUGGGGGCAGACCGCCGUCGAAUAUCGACCUCUUUAUAGGUUCGCAUUAUGCGAAGGAAAAGGCAACGGUAACGGAAAAAAAUGAGACCAUGGGAUCAGACCAUCAGGUCUUAGGAUUAUUGUUCGGGGACGAGGAAGUAUAUAGGUCCACUGAAGUGGGGGGGUCGACUAGAAAGUUCAGGGUAGACAAAAUAAAUUGGGAUGUAUUCGUAACAGUAUCAGGGGAGGAAGCGAAGGAAUUAAUGGGAAACUGGAACGAGGAGGGGUGGGAGAAUUUUAGUAUAGAUAAUAGAUGUAGGGACCUCACGGAGGCAAUAAUUAAUAUUAUCAGAAAAGCGGGUGGGGCUAUAUCAGAUAGGGUAUCUAAUAAGAAUGGUGAAAGAAGGAAAGGGAAACCAAAAAAUGUUAAGGGACAGACAUGGUGGGAUAACGAAUGCAAUGAAGCCAAGAAAGAUAGAAGAGAAGCAGCAAAAUUAUUUAUUAAGACGCCGAAUCAGGAUAACUGGAUAAAUCUAAGGGAGGUGGGAAAAAGAAUGAAGAAACUUAUAGAAGAAAAGAAGGCCAAAGCCUGGGAUGAUUUUGCAUCUUCAAUUGACUGUUACACCAGCUCCAGGGAGGCCUGGCAAAAGAUUAAGCAAAUCAAAAAUGGCAUUGGAAAAACAGGGUGCGCCAACCUUGAUGAAAAAGAACUAAACCUGCUCGAGGAACUAGAAAUAGGAAAAGUAUUCUCCUACGAACAAGAGGGGGCCCAGGAUAAAGAAGGGCAGGGGGAAGUGGAAACCCCUGAUCAAUUUCGAGGAAGGGAAUAUGUUAGACAAGGUCAACUUGGGUUUCAGGACAGCUUUAAAGAAAGGGACCUGCAGGGAGUUCUGGACUCAGUGAGGAUAUCCUCCGCACCAGGAGAAGACGGAAUCUCAUAUCUCCUGUUAAGAAAAUUGGACAACGGAAUGAAGAAAUGCCUAUUGAAACUAUAACUGGAUUUGGGAGAAUAGUUGCAUCCCACAAAUGUGGA